UUAAGAAACAUGUGGAUGUGGCACUGAGGGCCAUGGUUAGUGGGCCACGGUUUGUGGGCAUGGUGGUGGUGAGUUGAUGGUUGGACAAGGUGAACUUAGUGGUCUUUCCAACCUUGAUGAUUCUGUGAGAUAAGGAGCAGUUGGAAGGGGGGAGCUUUGCAAAGGUGAGGUAUUCCUCCAGACUGAUUUUCUUAUCUUGGGAAGACCAUACAGACUGGCUGAAUUACAACAGGCAAACUUAGUAGGGGAGAGACAGACCUCAUAAACUCUGCCUGCGCACCAAGGAGUCAUCUUGCUGUCAUUUGGACAGGGGGAGAGUGAGACCUCCUGAAGCCCCUCUGAACCAUCAACCCACUUCCAGAGUAUUCUAAGAAUUGAACAGCACUUGCACAGGGUUAGGGCCAUACCUUGAUCACAACAUUAGAGGGGGCCUGACAACCACCCAAGACCCCAGACCCAUUUCUGGAACAUUCUGAAUAACUGAGCUUGUACUCAGGGAGAACAUAAUGCAAAGGCAUCAUAGCUCAUCACUAGUAGGGCAUUUCUUAUCUUUUUUUCAUUUUUCCCAGGCAUACUUGAAGCUUCUCUUUCUUUGAGUAAAAGCAUUAACCGAUUGCUUGGUGUCAUUUUACCUGAUGGAAUCUUGAACCUUGCAACCUCUGUACGCUACCCAGGGCAGCCUAGAGUCAGGUCCUGCAGCUGCUUGGUGCCAGCUGGGUGAGGCCCCAUGUCAAGGCUUCCUUCUUGGUGGGCACCUGAUUAGAAAGCCUUAUUAAUGGCACUCUGUGGGGUCUUGCUGCUAGGCAGGUGCAACAUCAUAAUACUGCUUGUGGCUGCUGACAUUAUGGAACCUUCUGGCAGCUUCCAGGGUCUCUGCUCGGGGCAAAGUGGGAACCUGCUACGUUGGUUCCUCUGGCUUUCCUGCUCAGGCUCCCAAACUAACAUUUUUAGGAUCGGCUUGCCAAGACCAAGGCAAAACCAAAAAGCAAGGAGGGGCAGUGCUUCGCAUUUCUGAGAGAUUUAUGCAGCCCUGCCACAAUGAACUGCUGGAAUUAUUACACUGACUGCAUCCUGAGCGACAAGUACAUUGAUGAUGUGGCCAUUGUGGGCCUCUCCGACAACAAGUACGUGUGGGCAGCCAAGCCAGGAGGGCUGCUGUCAGCUGUCUCACCUCGUGAAGUGGACUUGAUCACAGGCCAGGACAGGAUAACAUUCCUGACGGCUGGAAUCAGUAUCGCAGGGAAGAAGUGCAUUGUGAUUCGUGACAGCCUGCUGGUGGAAGGAGACAAUGUGAUGGACAUCAGAAGCAGAGGUGGUGACAGCAGAUCCAUCUGUAUAGGCAAGACCCCCAAAGCCCUGAUCUUCCUCAUGGGCAACAGAGGAGUCCAUGGAGGAGUCCUCAAUCUGAAGAUCCAUGAUAUGAUUGCCGGCAUGACACUGUGAGGCAAAUGGCACCAGAGAGACAGAAAUCUUCCACCUGAGUAUGGUGACAUUGUCAUAGCUUUAGCAGAGAAAGGAAAUAAGCCUGGUUUUCUUGCAUA